AUGAUUAUCCAUUCUACUCCAAUAGUUAUCACAGCAACUUCAGGAACAAUGGAUAAAACAGCGAAGACAUUUAUGAGUCAAAUUAAGGCACCAGUAUUGAAAAAAGAUGAUAAAGAACUUAUGCCUUAUUUAAUGAAGAACGUUAAGAUGAAAGCAAAGUAUUACGCUAUUGUUGAGUUCGUUCAAAGUAAGUUCGAAAAAAUUUCAGAAGAGAUGGAACACAUCUUAACAAAGCAUCAACUAAGGAAACCUGAUGGAAAGUUUGAGUAUAAGAAGAUAGCUAUUUAUGUUGUAAAGAAGUUGAACAAAUAUCCUUUCACUAAGUAUCCCAGUAAUUCUCUAUUAGUGUUAGACGAUUAUGGUGGUCAUGACUUAUUGAAUGACCCACGUUCACCAUUAGCGAACUUCAUCACUAAGGUAAGACAUUAUAACUAUACUGUAGUAAUUAAGUGUCAAACAUGGAGACACAUAUGUUUAAACAUAAAGAGACUAUGUACUGACUUCGUUAUCUUUCAAGGUUAUUCUAUGAGAGACUUUCAGUCAAUGAUUGAACAGUCAGGAGCAACAGAAGAUUGGGAAGAGUUAUGGAACAAAUACAAAGAGCUACCAACACCUCGUUCAUAUAUGGAAGUUCAUAUAGUCGCAGGAAAGACGGACUUUAAAGGAGAGUGUGCAAAACUUCCCCACUUUUUGAGAGGGACGUUUUGCAAAAUUUGUUCUUUCAUCCAUAGAAGAUUAUUGGAAGAUGAUAGAUCUAUACAUGAUAUUAUAUAA